ACUUCAGGAAACCAUCAAACGACGAAGAAGAAGAUAAGGAAGAGGGGGCUUCCAUCCUGCCAUAAGUUGGAAACUGCCAGCGGCUACGUGCUCACAGGGAGACGACGCAAUGGAGUCUGGUUUCAGCACUAGCGCAAAGAAGCAGCUGCUGUGCGCAUUUGGCGCUGCCCUGCUCCUUUCCAGCGCCGUCACAUCUGCAGAGGAGGGCGCUCACCUGAAGAACUCCCAGUGUCACAACUACGCCGGAGGACACGUCUAUCCCGGCGAGGCUUUCCGUGUGCCCGUGUCCGACCAUUCCCUGCACCUCAGCAAAUCCAAGAUCUCAAAGCCUGCCCCUAACUGGGAAGGAACCGCUGUCAUCAACGGGGAAUUUAAGGAGCUUAAGCUGUCUGACUACAAGGGGAAAUAUCUGGUUUUCUUCUUCUAUCCUUUGGACUUCACUUUCGUCUGCCCCACCGAGAUCAUUGCUUUCAGCGAUCGUGUGCAUGAGUUUCAGGCCAUCAACACUGAGGUGGUCGCCUGCUCGGUGGACUCCCAGUUCACCCACUUAGCAUGGAUCAACACCCCCAGGAAGCAGGGCGGACUCGGACCAAUGAAAAUCCCUCUGCUGUCUGACCUCACACACCAGAUUUCAAAAGAUUAUGGCGUCUACUUGGAGGACCAGGGACACACACUGAGAGGUCUUUUUAUCAUCGAUGACAAAGGCAUCCUGAGGCAGAUCACCAUGAACGACCUUCCUGUGGGAAGAUCGGUGGAUGAGACUCUACGGCUGGUCCAGGCCUUCCAGUACACAGACAAGCAUGGCGAAGUGUGUCCAGCAGGAUGGAAGCCAGGCAGUGACACUAUCAUUCCAGACCCCUCAGGCAAGCUGAAAUAUUUUGACAAACUGAACUGACUGAUGUUUCUGCUUCCCACAAAUUUGUGAAUUCCAGCCAAGUUGAAAUAAAAACAAUUUUUUUUUCCUAA